GGUGGCCGCAGAGGGACUUGAUACGGCACCCACGCUGGGCCAAACGCUGCAGCCGGCCGGGUGCCGGCGUCCCUUCGCCGACGAGGCGGUCCCGGGCAGGGAAUAUUGAAGCCGGCCCGCGGACGGACCCGGUGCUCCGUGUCCUCGGCACCAUGCUGCCUCCCUGUUCUCGACGCCCCGAGGGACACGGGAUCCCGCAGCCCUGGCCCCCAGCAUCGUGGCCGGCUGGCCCAGGGGCUCGGGACGCCGGCGCCACCGCAGACAGGGCAGCCGGCCGGCGUCUUCCUGGAGCCUGGGCUGCGAGCUCCUGGUCCUAGGCGCUUGUGCUGCCGCUGCUGACGGCUGCCUGUCUGCCGCCACCGGCCCCAUGCCAGUUAUCCCCAUUCCGCGGCGGGUCCGCUCCUUCCAUGGCCCGCACACCACCUGCCUGCACGCAGCCUGCGGGCCCGUGCGCGCCUCCCACCUGGUGCGCACUAAAUACAACAACUUCGACGUGUACUUGAAGACGCGCUGGCUUUACGGCUUCAUCCGCUUCUUGCUCUACUUCAGCUGCAGCCUCUUCACCGCCACGCUCUGGGGCGCGCUCGCAGCGCUCUUCUGCCUGCAGUACCUGGGCGUGCGCGCGCUGCUGCGCUUCCAGCUCAAGUUCUCCUUGCUGCUGCUGCUGCUGGGCCGCCGUCGCGUGGACUUCCGCCUGCUCAACGAGCUGCUCCUCUACGGCAUCCACGUCACCGUGCUGCUGGUGGGCGGCCUGGGCUGGUGCUUCAUGGUCUUCGUGGACAUGUGAGACCGCAGCGCCCUCCCAGCGCCCAAGAGAAAAGGGCUUAGACCAAUUUCUGCGUCGGGGACCAAAGGGCCCUGUAUUCCUGCUGCACCCUCCCUUGUGGGCAGUGCACCCCCCAACUGCGUGCCUCCUUCAGGUCCCAGGGUGGGGCUUACCAGCCCCAGCCCCCACUGCUUCUCUGGGGCCACAUCAGCCCCAACUUUCAUCAGUUGGGGAAGGGCCUGCCUUUCUGCUGGCUGUACAACACCCCCACCCCCCAUGCAGCUGGCUCAGCCACUCAGAAGGGGCAGUUCCACUCACUACUGCACUGCCGCCAACCCUGCACCACA